GGACGCUCUCUGUGGCCAGAUUCCUGGCCAGUUGCAGUCGCAAUGGAUCAGUGGACGGGUGUGCACCGGGCGUUCGUCAUCCGAGCGUAUUACAAGAGCAACGACUCCAUCAGCACCGCCCAGCGGCUCUUCAAGAAGCAGUUCAGCAUUUACCAAACGCCGCCCACGAAUGUCAUCAAGUCCUGGCUGCGGCACUUCGAGAGCACAGGAUCCUCGCAAGGAGGCUGCUAUGCCAGGUCCUCGCUACCACAAAUCUUCUGCACCAUUUGCAAUCAGUGUCUGAGCAACGAGAAGAACUUCACCAGCUCCGUGAAAUGAUGGAGGAGGUGUGGGUGUGUGUUCGAGAAGGAUUUCGAAUAUAGAUUAAGAUGUUUAUGGCAUAUAAGUAUAAGUUAGUGUGUACGAAUCGCAAAUAAAUUUCUUGGCUAAUUAACAAGCUUGCCAAAUCAAAACACAAAC